GGGAGGAGACAGUAGCUAAGGAUCCAGAUCCACAAGCCAGCUAUUCAUUGUUCUUCAAAGAGAAAAUCAAAGAAGAGAAACAGAAGGACAUGUCCCAGGGUCUGUUGACAUUCUGGGAUGUGGCUGUGGAUUUCUCACAGGAGGAGUGGAAAUGCCUGGACUCUGGUCAGAGGGCUUUGUACAUUGAUGUGAUGUUGGAGAAUUACAGCAACCUGGUCUCUGUCGAGAACUAUUAUACAUGUGAUACUGUCUAUCACCAUGUGAGGACCGAAAAAGAGUCAUGUCAGUGUAAUGAGCUUGGUGAAAUGCUUCAUGAUGCCUCCAACUCUGAACUUUAUAAAAGAUAUGACAGUACAGAACCCUCUAAUAACUACAGGUGCCAUAAGGACAGGGAUGCCUCUGUUGACUCAUCAAACCCAGAUCAACAUAAAAGGAUGCACACUGGAGAAGAACCUUUCAAAUCUAAAGACUGUGAGAAAUCUUCCAGUUUGUGUUCCAACAUUAGGCAAGAUCAAAGACUCUCCACUGCAAAGAAAGAGCACAAGCAGGAUGAACAUGAUGACCAUUUCAGCUCUACACACAGUCUCAUGGAGCAAACAAUCUACAUUAAAGAGAAACGAUACCAGUGUGGGCAAUGCAGGAAAUUCUUCAGUACUGCCUCAAGCUUCAGCAUACAUAAGAGAAUUCAUACUGGAGAAAAACCCUACAAGUGCAAUAUUUGUGAAAAAUCCUUUAACAAGUGCACAAAUCUUAAAACACAUCAAAGGCUUCAUACUGGAGAGAAACCUUACAAAUGCAAAGAAUGUGAAAAGUCAUUUGUGCAGGUAUCUGCACUUAAAAGCCAUCAGAGAAGGCAUACUGGAGAGAAGCCUUACAAAUGUAAGGAGUGUGACCAAUCCUUUGCCCACUGUGCAUCAUUAAGAUGGCAUCAGAAAACUCAUUCUCCUGAGGUACUACGUUAUGAAUGUAAAGAAUGUGCUAAGUCCUUUUUUGAAUUAUCACGUCUUAAAAGGCAUUACAGAAUCCACACUGGUGAAAAGCCUUACAAAUGUGAGGUAUGUGAUAAAUCUUUUACUACAAAUUCAACUCUUAAAACUCAUCAGAAAAUUCAUACUGGAGAGAAACCUUACAAAUGUAGGGAAUGUGACAAAUGUUUUACCAAGUGCUCACAUCUUCAAAGACACCAGAGUGUUCAUAACCAAGAGAGACCUUACAAAUGUAAGGAAUGUGGGAAAUCUUUUACUAAGUGUUCAACUCUUCAAACACAUCAGAAAGUUCAUAAUGUGGAGAAACCUUACAAAUGUAUGGAAUGUGAUAAAUCCUUUACCCAGGUCUCACAUCUUAGAACACAUCAGCGAAUUCAUACUGGAGAGAGACCUUAUCGAUGUAAGGAAUGUGACAAAUCUUUUCGUGACAGCUCAACACUUAGAGUACAUCAGAAAAUACAUACUGGAGAGAAACCUUACAAAUGUUUGGAAUGUGACAAAUCCUUUACCUGGCACCCACAUCUAAGAAGACAUCAGAGAGUUCAUAGUGGAGAGAAACCUCACAAGUGCAAAGAUUGUGAUAAGUGCUUUCUCUGGAUUUCUAGUCUUCGAAUACAUCAGAAAAUUCAUGAUGGAGAGAGACCUUAUAAAUGUAAGGAAUGUGCCAAAUCUUUUAUCUGGUACUCAAAUCUUAGAGUUCACCAGAAAAUUCAUACUUCAGAGAAACCUUACAAAUGUAUGGAAUGUGACAAAUCCUUUUCCCAGUAUGUACAUCUUAGAACACAUCAGAGAGUUCAUACUGGAGAGAGACCUUACAGAUGUAUGGAAUGUGACAAAUCUUUUACUAGAGCCUCAACUCUUAGAGCACAUCAGAAAAUUCAUACUGGGGAUAAACUUUAUAAAUGUAGGGAAUGUGACAAAUCUUUUACCAGAUGUUCACAUCUUAGAAUACAUCAGAGUGUUCAUACUGGAGAGAGACCUUACAAAUGUAUGGACUGUGACAAAUCUUUUCCUACGGGGUCAACUCUUAGAGCACAUCAGAAAAUUCAUACAGGAGAGAAGCCUUACAAAAGCAAAGACUGUGAUAUAUCUUUUUCCCAGGCCUCACAUAUGAGAACACAUCAGAGAGUUCAUACUGGAAAGAGAUCUUACAGAUGUAAGGAAUGUGGCAAAUUCUUUACUCAGUAUUCAACUCUAAGAGACCAUCAGAAAAUUCAUACUGGAGAGAAACCUUACAAAUGCAAAGACUGUGACAUAUCCUUUAUAUGGAUUUCAAAUCUUGAAAGGCAUCAGAAAAUUCAUACUGGAGUGAAACCUUACAAAUGUAAGGAAUGUAAGAAAUCUUUUUCUAGGUGCUCAAAUCUUAGAAGCCAUCAGACAAUUCAUACUGGAGAGAAACCUCACAAAUGCAAAGACUGUGACAUAUCCUUUAUGUGGAUUUCAAGUCUUAGAAGACAUCAGAAAAUUCAUACUGAAGAAAACAUAACAUUGUAAAUAAUAUAAUAUAACAUUUAUCUGGUAUUACCUGCUUGCAAAUCACAACAAGAGAAGUAAUAGAAAUGUAAAAAUAACAAGCUUGUGAAAUCCUUUAAUGAAGACUUAAAUCUCACAAAAUGUAUCAGAGUUCGUAUUAAAAUAAAAUUCUGGAAAUGUAA